GGUAAACUCCUGAAAACCUCGUUGAUUCUUCACCCUGGUGAAGAUUCUGAGCUAACGAAAUCCCCGACACUAUGUCCGUGUACAUAUACCAUUUACUACUAUUACUGUCUCUGGAGGAAAUAAGCGCAGCGUCAAACGAGCGCAACUCCAAUGAAACGUUCAUUGAAUGUGGCCUGGGUUACCGGAAUUGCUCACAGAAGCUCAGAAGAUUCGAUGGCGACAAUGAAUUUUUCAACUGCUCUGUCGGGGGAAAAGACGAAAUAAAGACUUUCGAGAACACAAUCUCACUCAGUAAAGGAUGUAAUAUUCCAUUCGAUGCACCGGAACUGCUAGGUAUUAGCUCAGACUGUUUGAAGAACAGUGCCAUAAACCAAAGACAGACGAUUGAGAUUACAUUUCGCCUUCCAAAAGCAUUUUUCUGUAACAAGAGUGACGAAGAUCAAUCGCAACACGUUGGUCAUUACCAGUUCCCUAAAGCGAUCUACCUCAACUUAAGCCGAGUACGAGAGGAGGACUACAGUGACCCGUGGUCCUUCACAUGCCCUGGAGAGAGAAUCUUCAUCUUCCACAAAUAUUCCCCACGUCUUAAUUACGAGGCGGACAACCCGAGGAUCUUAACCUACCGGCACAGGCUUGGUUUGAACCUAUCUAACCAAAGCUAUUCAUACAUAUUGAAUUUUACCACGGCUGAAGGACGAUCACGUUAUUUCAACAUUAAGCUACCAGUUCGCGACAACAACAGUGCAAACUGGCGACCAGCGGUGGUCACAACUCUCGAUGUAAUUCAGAGAACUAUAGAUGUCAUCGUAGAACCACAGCCCAGUGUUUUAAAUUCUACCGGCUACCAAGUGACCUUGUGUUCCCUUGAAGAUCAAUGCAAUCAACACAACCAAAUUGAUAGCACGAAGACCAACAGUACGCGGUUCGAAAACAUAACACAUGGCGUUUAUUACGUAAAGGUAAUGUCCAGCCCGUGUGCUACAUCGAACUGUCUAGAGGUAAAAUCGUUCCGAGUCGACGCCUUGGCGAUUCCAAAGAUUGCAGAUGAAUUUCAACAUAUGCAGAUUACUGUCAUUGUGGCGGGCAGUGUUGUCGGUGUAGCACUUCUCGUUAUUCUCGUUAUUCUUACCUACUGCCUCCGACGUUGUGGACCGUGUGUACGAAUACGAAGAAAAUCUGACAAGAAGCCCCAAGGAAUUGUGUUACACCCAUUUCUCGACUUGUCCCGUAGCAACAGCAGUACGGACCGGAAUUAUUUGAAAGUAAUGGAAUACUUUCAAAACUUUAUCGUUAAGGCAUUCGACUGCGAGUUAGUCCCCAUCCCCCUUGGUUGCAUAAAUUGCAAUAAAACAGCAUUGGACAAGCUUUUUAGCGGGCUGGUCUUCGUCAUUGUUGUUUGUGCCAAUGACAAUGGUAACCCAUAUUUUAAACAACUUUUGGCGAGGGCAAUGCAAAAGCGAAAAAAGCAAAAGAAUUUAUUGGUUAUAUCAGUAACUUUGUCUUGUUUUUCGUCACCAAUUACACAUGAAUGUAUUGCAGACUUGGAAAUGAUAACACUUCUGGAAAAUAUACACAAUUUAUCACCGUUUUACAAAAAGAUACACGCGCCAAAGUUGAAAGACGACGAUUCAUCGAAUUUAAUACAGUUUAAUAUUGACUAUCCGGAAUAUCAAACACUGGAGAAAUCUAUUAAAGAUGCCUCACCAUUGGCUCAUUUCGAAAACACAAGUUCGCACACUGAAUGCGACACUGAUAUAAAAACGAAACACAUUUGUCAAACAGAACGAAACAUUCAACUUCAUUCUACCAUAUGCGGUAAAGACAUUCAUCAACAUAAACCAUAUGAACAAAACAUCGAAGAAAACAGGAAAGAAAAGAAACGACAAAUGGCUAGUUUGAAAGCAAAUCUGAGUCAGGUAAAUGACUCUUCUUCGGACAUAUUUUACAAUGAAUCGCAAGCACAUGAAAACAUGCGGGAACUACCAGUCGCAAGCGACCAGGUCAGUCGUGAAUCAAAUCGAUAUAAUCAAAGAAGAGAACGACGAUGUCAACAACUGGAACCUCGUGCACCGCAGUUGGGCAGUGGUGAACAUUCGUGUAAAUUGACCGUUACACAUCCGCCAAUUUUAAACUAUAAUAAAAAAGUGCACUUUAAAACAUUCCCUGUAUUACAUAACCAUCAAAUUCGAAGUCGACCUUCGGACUAUGAACACGAACACGUGCUUCACGCUUCAAACUUGAAAGAAGACGAUUCAUCGCUUUUCAUGCCGUGUAAUAUUGACUAUCCGGAAUAUCAAACACUUAAACAAUCUAUAAUAGAUGCCUCACAAUGGUCUCAUUUCGAAAACUCAAGUUCUCAAAUUGAUUACGACACCGAAAAAGAUACUAAACAUAUCUGUCAAACAGAACGAAAGAUUCCAUUUCUUUUAACCAAAUGCGAAAGAGACGGUCAUCAACAUACGCCAUGUGAACAAUAUAUCGAUGAAAAGAGCCCAGAAAGGAAACGACAAGAAGAAGCAAGUAUUAAAGCAAAUCUGAGUAGGUUUAAUGACUCUUCUUUUGACAUAUUUUACAAUGGAGCGCAGGAAAACAGGCAGGAAUUACCACUCGCCAGCGAACAGUUGGGACGUGAAUCAAAUGGAUACAUUAGAACUCAAGGAAGAGAACCACAUUGUCAACAUUUCGAACAUCAUCGUGCAUUACAGUUUGACAGUGAUGAAACUUCACUUAAAAUGCCGAUUUAAAUCAUAUUAAAACAUGUCAUGUAAAACACACGUCGGUUACACAUGAACAUCAAAUUCGAACCCGCCAUUCAGAAUGUGAUAACAAAAUAGUAUUGCUUCUUUGUGGACACGGGUCCUACAACGAAAGCAACCCGAAGCCACGUAUCACCAGCGAAUUUUGUAAAAGAUUUUUAUCAAAUGUACAUAUGCAUACAUAUAUAAAACAUGAACGCCAAAACGUGACGUGUGAAUCGAAUAUUACACAUUGUGAUGUAAGAUUGCGGUAAAAUUAUUAAGUGUUAACAUUAUUAGUAUGCAGACAUGUUUUUAUAUCUUUUAAACAUAUUAAAAUAUCAAGUUAGCGAUGUAUCUUCA